AUGAAUACUGGAGCCCACACGCUCUACGAACAUCUCACUGCGAAAAAGGAUGACGACGACAUUAAAGCAGGCUCCUGCCAGAGGCUAGUAAACCUCACGGAUAAAGGGAUUUCAAAAAACUUCGACGAUCGCUUUAAAGCGUUUGAAAAUAAAGAGCUGAAAGAAAUCAGAGACGCUUGUCAAUCGUUGAGAAGGAAACGCAACAACAAAGAAGGGGCUGCUCGAGCAGCGCAGAGGUAUCUGGCUUCUUCUCGUAUAACUUAA